CCACGCCACUGCACUCCAGCCUGGGCGACAGAGCGAGACUCUGUCUCAAAAAAAAAAAAGAAAAAAUGAGUAGACUGAGGGAUAAGGUGUGAGGAACCCUUCGCCAUGCCACCAACAGCCUUUCUUUCCAAAUUCCUGACCCCUGCAGGACAUCAAGCCCUCUCCCAUAUUCCAGUGUGGCCUGGUCUAGGCACCCCUCCUGCUCUGAGGCACGAGGAUCGUUCCUUUGGUCACUGAGAAUGCAAUUCCCUUUUGUCCAAGAGGAAGAAGAAAGUCCAAUUAGUACAGGGAGACGCCAGUGCCAGCUCUGGAAAGCCAGGAGCAAGUUCUUCUUAAAUUCCAAUGUCCUCUGGCGAGGGCAUGUCCUGCUGGUUUCUUAUUUGAACAAUAGGUUUGAGGAUCUUUGACUCAUUUAACUUAUUGAUAGGGGAUAAUGGAUUAGGGAGGAUGCCCAAGCUGGCAAGGGCAAUGGCCAAGAAUCUGUCAUUCUGGCCACUGUCAGGCUCUUGCCUUACCUCUCCUUUCUGCACCGUGUUCCCCCCCCAGGGGGAGGGGCCUAGGACACUAUCCAAUCAGGGGUUCUGAGGGCGGGGCCGUGCCUACAGUCCAAUCAGGCGUGCUGUAGGACAGCUGGCGGGGCGACGUGCCGAAGCCAGUGGGUUAGGUUUUUUUUUUUCCCUCUCGCCUUGGCGCCUUCGGGUCGUUCUCGGCUUCUCUGAAAGUGCUGAGGGUGUGUUAGCUCAGGGUGUGUCGCGAUUUGCCCUGCUCUCGCCAGGACAGCCAUAAGAAGGAUGCCGGGACACCUUGGAGUCCAGGAAAUGGACUCAGUAACCUUUGAAGAUGUGGCUGUGAACUUCACCCAGGAGGAGUGGGCUUUGCUUGAUCUUUCACAGAAAAAACUCUACAGAGAUGUGAUGUGGGAAACCUUCAGGAACCUGGCUACUAUAGGAACAAAACAAAAAGAAUGGAACAUUGAAGAGCAGUACAAAAACCAGGGGAGAAAUCUCAGAAAUCAUAUGGUAGAGGGACUCUGUGAAAGUAAAGAAGGUAGUCAUGGUGGAGAAGGUUUCAGCCAGAUUCCAAAUCUCAGUCUGAACAAGAAAACUCCUUCUGGAGGAAAGCUUUGGGAAAGCAGUGUAUGUGGAAAAGUCUUGAGCCAUCAUUCAUCCCUUAACAGGCACAUUAGAUCUUACACCAGACACAAACUGUAUAAGUGUCAGGAAUAUGGAGAGAAGCCGUAUAAAUGUAAGAAAUGUGGGAAACCCUUCAGUUAUCUGCAGUCUUUUAAAAAACAUAAAAGAACACACAGUGCAGGGAUAGUCUACAAAUGUAAGGCCUGUGGGAAAGCCUUCAGUUGUCAACGUUCUUUCCAAAUACAUGGAAGGACUCACACUGGAGAUAAACCCUUUAAGUGUAAAGAAUGUGGAAAAGCAUUCCGAUAUCACCAGUCUGCUCAAAGACAUGAAAAGGCUCAUACUGGAGAGAAACCCUACAAAUGUAAGGAAUGUGGGAAACCCUUCAUUUACCGCCAUUCUGCUCGAGCACAUGAAAGGAAUCACACUGUACAGAAACGCUAUGAAUGUAAACAAUGUGGAAAAAUCUACAUAUCUUCUGUAGGUUUUCAAGCACAUGAAAGAACUCACACUGGAGAAAAACCCUAUGAAUGUAAAAAAUGUGGAAAAGUGUUCGUAUAUCACAACUCUGCUCAAAGACAUGAAAAGACUCAUACUGGAGAGAAACCCUACAAAUGCAAGGAAUGUGGGAAGGCCUUCAGUUAUCACUGUACUGCUCAAAAACAUGAGAGGAAUCACACUGCACAGAAACACUAUGAAUGUAAACUGUGUGGGAAAACUUACCUGUCUCCUUUAGGUUUUCAAGCACAUGAAAGUACUCACACUGGAGAUAAACCCUUUGAAUGUAAAAAAUGUGGAAAAGCAUUUAGAUACUACUACUCAGCUCAAAGACACGAAAGGACUCAUACUGGAGAGAGACCCUACAAAUGUAAAGAAUGUGGGAAAGCCUUUUAUUGUUGCAGUUCUGCCCGAAGACAUGAAAGGAUGCACACUGCAAAGAAACAGUAUGAAUGUAAAAAAUGUGGGAAAACAUACAUUACUCUUGCAGGUUUCCAGAUACAUGAAAGAACCCACACCGGAGAGAAACCUUAUGAAUGUAAACAGUGUGGUAAAGCCUUCAGUAGUUCCAGUUAUAUUCAUAUACAUGAAAGAAUUCAUACUGGAGAGAAACCCUACGAAUGUAAAGAAUGUGGAAAACCCUUCAGUUUCCUUACAGGCUUUCGAGUGCACAUGAGAAUGCACACUGGAGAGAAACCUUAUAAAUGUAAGGAUUGUGGCAACGCCUUCAUUUGGCGUGCAUCCUUACAAUACCAUGUGAAGAAAGUGCACGCUGAAUAGAAACUAUAAAUGUAAAAUAUCGAUAGUUUUUCAAUUUUAACCAUUUUCAAAGUUGAUAUGAAAGUUCAUACUGGAGAGUAGUUGCAUGAAUGUAAGUAAUACAGGAAAGCCUGAUAUAACUUAGUUCAGGUAUAAUGCUCUAGAAAAUUCAUGCCAUGAAAAAAUAUUAUAAAUGUAUUUAUCAGUGCCACAUCCCUUUUUGAUUCUUCCUAGUUUUUAAUAUAUUUUAAAAAUAUUUUUAUAUGUGUAUAUGUAUGUAUAUAUUUGUAGAGACAGGCAACAUUAUCUUGCCCAGGCUGAUCGCCAACUCCCCUGACCUCAAGUAAUCCACCUCAGCCCCCUAAAGUGCUGGGAUUAUAGGCAUGAGCCACCACACUGGGCCAGGUUUUGUUUUGUUUUGUUUUGAGAUGGGUCUUGCCAUGUUUCCCAGGCUGGCCUUGGACUUCUAGGCUCAUGAGAUCCUCCCACCUCAGCUUCCUGAGCAGCUGGGACUACAGGUGUGUGUGCUGCCUUGCGUGGCUUAGUGCCACAUUCUUAAAGUGGAUCUCUGGACUCUGGGUUCGUACUUAUUUUCAUAAAUGAACAUUGAGGUGAGAUUAUUCUGUAAAUACUCUUUAAGAAAUAGUGCAGAAGUAUAAUUGGUAGUGUUUUUUCCUUAAGUCAGUUAAUAAAAUUUUUAAAUAAAAUUCCUUAAGUCAGUUAAUAAAAUUUUUAAAUAAAAUUCCUUAAGUCAGUUAAUAAAAUUUUUUCUCUUAAUAGUUCUGGGCCAUUGAAAAAUGACAGUUUGGUACUGGGAGUUUUCUACUGGCAUCCUGUGGCAGGUAUUGACUUUCCCUUAUCCAUUAUGUAUAUAUUCCACCUUCCUCAGGAGAAAACCUUUCUUCUUUUUGGUUAGAAGAGCCUUAUUUUAUUUCCCUUGCUAAUGAAUAGUGGGCCAAGGUUAUACAAUAUAGUCUUAUAUAAAUUAUUUCCAUAUUUUGCUCUUUUUCUUUCUGGCCAAGAUAUGGAUGAUAGACUUUGAAUUAAGAAGAUCUGUAAUAGGACAACACAAUUUAGGUUGAAGGUGUGCCUCUUAGAUUGUGCUAUGUCAUCAUGGGUAACGUGAACUAAAUUUUCUAGAAUCUAUUCCCUUUUGGAUUUCAUGUUGGAAUUCAGCAGUAGCCUAACUGACAUGAAAGUUGGAAGGCAGAACUGAAGAAGGCAUUAGUCAGGUUUUGGACCCAUCUACAUGGAGACAGACAGAUGCAUAGGGACAAAUGAGGGCUUGCAGGAAAAUCCAAACUGCAAAUAUAUCUUUGAUGUGAAGAUUGUGGAGACAUCUGUGGAACCCUACCCAUCUGAGAAAAAGAAGUAGACAGUGGUGUUUUAAAGAAACUCUUGAUUGUCAGGACAAAGUAUCAGGAAAACAGGCAGGAGGCCGGUAUCCACGCGGUCCCCUUGCAGCCUUCUUAAGUUCUGCCUCCCAGCUUUCAUGUCAUUAGGCUAUUGGUGAAUUGUAACAUGGAAAAAAAAAAAGAUUCCAGAAAAUUUAGUUAACAACAUUACCCGUAUCAACAUAAUCCACCAGGCAACUAAUUAAAACUGUUAUGGUUGAGGAUAUUUUCUGUUGUUUUGACUCCCCUCAUCUCUAGAUUAUAUUCAAACAAGAUCUAAUUUGCAUAGUAAACACAUCAUUCUGUUAAUACUGGUAAUAACUGUGUUCCUGAUUUCCCUGUGACAGCUACAAUGAUACAGUCACAUAGAACAACAUGGGGGCUUGUUCCUCUGUUGCAUUGUGCAGUAACUGCUCUGACACAGUCUAUGUGAAAACAAAUGUCUUAGGUCAGGCAGAUCGUGAUAAUUUCCAAUUACAGCCAAAUGUGAUCAUGUGCACAUUCUCAAUUAUGUUUGUAUGUGAUAAAAACAAUGCAUUUUUAUCAAACAACUUCUGCAGGUAUUUCUUAGAAAUAUUUUAUUAACUCUUUUAAAACAACUUGUAUACUAACAACUAUUGUAUUAAUAUUUUCCAUUACCUGAGAAUAUAUAUUAAAAUAUCCCAUUGCAAUUACGCAUUUUCAGGUCAACUUUGUAAUUUUGUCAGGUUAUUCAUUAUACAUUCUAAAUAAUGAGUCAGUAUUACCAUUUGCAUAUAAGUCCAAGUACUUUUUUUCUUUAAAAAAUGUUAAAAUGUAAAGGAAAUUUUUUUUUAAAAUUCUUAUAUGGUCACAAUUUUUCUCAUGAAUCUAAUUUCUCAUUUAGAAUACCACAGGAACAAAGCAUGCUUUUGUCUGUGCCAUCUUGCCAAAGACCACUAGAAUCACACCUAUAGUCAAAGAGUGGCGUGUAUAGAGUUGUAAUAAGGAUGAACACAAAGCAUCAAUGACGGAGGGUUAUCAGUAAGAGGGUGCUCAAGAGGACUUCUUACAGGAUUUGUGUUUGUUUUAGGUGAUUUCAUUGCCAUUCAACAAAGUGAGGUGUUUGUAUUGGAUGCUGUUAGGUGAACUCAAUUCCAUCCUUGGAAAUUCUAAUAGUUCUUAUCUAGGAGGCAGAAAGAAUAAGUGGCGCUAACCGUAAUUCAUAAGAAGCACAAGUCAUAUUAGGAGAUUUCUGGUCAUUUUUAAGGUUUGGAGUCUGUUUUGUUUUAGGUUAUCGGAGACAUGGUUACAGAAUUUCAUUUUGAUCCAUUAUGGUCACCUGGUAGCUUUGUCUGAUGGAGGUUUGUUACAGUUUUCAACAGGGUAAGAUUUCGCCUUGUGGUGAGUUGGGGAGCAGCUGUCAUUGGGAACAGCUUUUGCUUUUCUCAUUAUCUAAACACUGAAGUAUUUCCUAUGGUAUAAUGGACACUGUUAUCUAUAAAGUACCUCAGUUAAAUUGUUGACCAAAAUUAAGGCUGUUGAGGCAGAAAUAAUUUGAUAAAGGCUAAUCAAAGCCAAAUGUGAGGAUCGGCCUGGGAAGCACCAACAAGUUGUAUAUGUUUUAAAGUCUGUUACAAGUUGGAACCCUCUUACAAGUUUAGGAGGCCAGGUGCCGUGGCUCAUGCCUAUAAUUCCAAUCCUUGGGAGGAUUGCUUGAGGCUAGGAAUUUGGGACCAACCUGGGCGACAUAGGGAGACUUCGUAUCUAAAAAAAUAAAUAAAUUAUUAGCUGGGCAUAAUGGUGCCCGAUUGUAGUCCCAGUACUCAGAAGUGUGAGUGAGGAAGAUCGUUUGAAUCCAGGAGUUCAACACCAACCUGGGUAACAUAAUGAGACCCCUCUCAUCUCAAAAAACUAACAAAUUAAGAAAAAUAGACUGGUUUCUGCAAGGGGUAAAAACAAUAAGAAAAAUUUAAAAACCCUGAAUGGACUUUUUUUUUCAAAGAAGACAUACAAAUGGCCUGAAAGCAUAUGAAAAGGGACUUAAUAUCACUAAUCAUUAGAGAAAUUCAAAUCAAAACCACAAUUACAUGUUACCUCAUACAUGCAAGGAUGGGUACUACCAAGAGAGAUUAGUGUUACAGCACAGAGAAAAAGGAAGCUUUGUAUACUGUUGGUGGAAAUGUACAUUGGUACAGCCAUUGUGAAAAACAAUAUGGAGGUUCCACAAAAAAAAAAAAACUACCAUAUGAUCCAACAGUCUCGCUCCUGGGUAUAUGAUUAUAUGCCCAAAGGCAGUGAUCAGUAUUUCAAAGAGAUAUCUGCCACCCGCAUAUGUUCAUUACAGCAUUAUUCACAGUAGUCAACAUGUGGAAACAAACUCAGCGUCCAUUAAUGGAUGAAUAAAGAAAAUGUGAUGUAUAUUUAAACAGAAUAUUACUCAGCCAUAAAAAGGAAAUGUUGACAUUUGUCACAACAUGAAUAAACCUGGUGGACACUAUAAAAUAAGGCAGACAUAGGCAAAUACUCCCAUGAUCCCACUUAAUUGUGGAAUCUUAAAAACUCAAACUCAGAGGCAGAGGGAGGAACAGUGGUUACUAGAGUCCAGAAGGUAGGGAAAGUGGAGAAAUGUUGGUCAAAGGAUAAAAACCAAGUUGUAAGGUGAACAAGUUCUGGAGAUUUAAUGGACAGCAUGGGUGGUCAUCAGUGUGUUAAUUUGACUGUGGUAACCAUUACAGAAUGUAUAUAUACACACAUCAAAACAGAACUGUACAUCAUGAACAUAUACAAUCUUUGUGAAGUAUUUUAAAAUAAAAAAGGAAUGUUUACUGAAUCUA